AUCGAAAUUUAAUAUAUUAUUUUUCUAUAUCAAAAAAUAUAUAUAUUAAAAUGUUGAGAGAGUCCGGUAGAAGGUCCGUGGAUAUGGGCGCCGUGAAUCGAAGUUUGAGGAGAGGCAAAGCUAAAGCCACCUCCGACGGUUCGACCUCACGCGGUUCUCGAGGAAGACACUCUGUCUCUUCGUUUCCUACUAUCCCAGAUCAUUUAAUCGGGGACGCUAUGACGGAUGAAGAAUUCAACCAGAUUUUUUCUGGUAGAGGAGACGCGAAUCUCCCCACUCUUGAUAGUCUAUUCGAGGAUGUUGAUGAAGCAGGACUGGAUAAUCUUGACGGGGACGAUGAGCCUACACCGCAAAGCAACGACGUCGACGUGGAGGCAGACACAAAAGAUGGCAUAGUUUAUGGAACUUGUAAACAUUGCGGGACCGUCAUAAAAAUGGGAGUUUCCGGCGGUUAUGGCGGUCCGGAAAAACACCUAAGGUCGAGGCAUCCCGUGGAGUACGCCAAAUACGAGGCCAAAAAAAGGGACGACAAGAAGUGCAAAUCCAAAUUUCUCGGUUUGCUAACAGAGAAGCUAUGGGUGGAGUUUUGACAAAUAUUAAAGAAGGAAUUAAAAAAAUUUGGGGGGCUCGUCUUAUUUCGAGGUCCUGGAAGAUGUUCUGUAAGUCUAAGGGUAAAAAAUAAAUAAGUUUUGCCAGAGAUAUUAACAUUAGAUGGAAUAGUACUUACAAAAGGAUUGCACAGAUCCUAAGAUAUAAAGAGGAACAUGCUGAAUUUUUUAGGGAUGAACUUCGUAUAAUCAUUAAUCCUUUUGAAUUUGUUAUUGUUGAAAAAUUGAAUGCCGUAUUAGAAAUUUUAAUAACGCAACUCUUACUUUUUCCCAUGUUUACCAACCAACUACAAAUACAUUUUUUAAAGAGUGCAUUACAAUCGCAACAUGUUUUCGUGAAAGUAUGGCUGAUCCAGAUUUGUACCCUUAUGUCUCUCCUAUGAGAGAUAAAUGGUGUACUUAUUA